UUGGUGUCUAAAAAUAAGUAGCCGGUUAACUGUACGAAAUCAGACAGAGUCAGUAACAGGUCAUCGUAUUUAGUACAGCGACAUGACAAAAAGUAGUCACUUUCAGAAAUACUGUGAGAAAGCAAUUGCGAAAUUGUCAGAAGAUGAUGUUGACAAGUUCAAAGCAACUACACGCGAAGAGGAACGAAUUAAGUUGUUGUAUGAUGUUGCCAAGACAAUCCCCGUCGUUCCGGUGAAUAGUGGGAAGAGUUUCGACCAAGCCCAAGAAGCUAAAAUAAACGGGAAUAAGUUUUUCGCGGCGAAGAAAUACACCGAAGCUUUGAAUGAAUACAAUCGGGGAAUUAUUGUUUGUCCACAAGAUACAGAUAAAGGAAGAGAAUUGUUGACUAUUCUUAUAUCUAACCGCAGUGCUACCUUUUUCGAACAGGACGAGUUUCGGAAAGUUUUCGACGACAUAGAUUAUGUUUUAGCAGUUGGAAGCUACCCCCAGAAACUCCACUACAAAAUCUGGUUAAGAAAAGCCAAAUGCUACGACGCGUUAAACAACGAAAAGUACGCCGAAGAGACGUACGAGUUAGCCAUCAAAAGCUUAAAACACGCAGAGUUAGACGAAAAAGGCUUAGCAAAGAAGAUAUCAGAAAUACAAGAUUUGCAAAAGAACAAAAAACCGUCGUCUUUCAAAAACCAUGAAGUCAUUCCGGUUUCAAAUUCUGACGUUUUUACAGGAGGAAACAAGGAGUACGUUGCCACCCACAAAAACAUAUAUUUUGAUUACGACCCUCUGUUAGGUCGGUUUGCUCGUGCUGUCGAAAAUAUAGAAACUGGUGUCAUUAUUGUUGAAGAAAAUCCCCACUGUGCGGUGGUUUCGCACGAAAAUACGCUCAGCAAUUGUCAGUUUUGUUGUUCGUCGACGAAACAACCAUUCGCUUGUCCUCAUUGUGGUCACGUGGUGUUUUGUAGUCUUAACUGUGAAAGAAAAGCUAGUAUGACUUUUCACAGAGUGGAAUGUAAACUGCAACCAAUUUUGUUUCUAUCAGGGGCUUCCAUAAACUGCUCGAUGGCACUGAGGAUGAUUUCGCAAAAACCUCACGGCUUCUUCCAGCAGAAGAAGAAACUGUUGAAAGACUUUUUAAAAGAUAGUUGUAAGAAGGUUCCAAUAAAGAAUCAGAUUUACAGAUCUGAUGACUACGUGACGGCGUUCUUUCUCUGUAGAAAUGAACAAAUGCGGAAGAAAGGGGAACUUGUCCACUACUCCGUAAUGGCGAUUUUUUUGCUACGCCUUCUCAAAUUUGGUGGCUAUUUUGGCCCCACAGUUAAAGAUGACGUUGUAUCAGAAGAAGAGGUCUUCAUUUCAAGCCUAAUUUUACGUCACCUACAGAUUCUUCAAUUCAACUCUCACGAAAUCUCCGAACUUCGUAACAUGGUAGAGGGCGUGGUCGAUGGUAUACAGACUUCCUACAAGAGUGAAUGUAUAGGUGCUGGACUCUAUCCUACACUGGCACUUUUCAACCACUCAUGCGACCCUAGCAUAGUCCGUUACAAUAUUGGUAAUCGGAUGAUCGUCCGAACUAUCAAACCAGUCAAAGCAGGGGACAUAGUUUACGAAAAUUAUGGCCCCAUAUACACCAGCAUGGAUGUGGAUGAACGACGGACGAACCUUCAAGAACGCUAUUGGUUUGAAUGUUAUUGUCCACCAUGUCAAGAAGAGUGGCCCCUCUUUGACAACAUGGACCCCAACCAAAUAAAAAUCGGUUGUCAAACUGAAAAUUGCCCUUUCGAGUUUACUUUGUACAGAGACGAUUUCUGUCCAUAUAUGCAGUGUGAUUAUUGCAACAGCGUUGUCAAAAUCUUUCCUUAUCUUAAAGGGCUUUCGCAACUAGCACUGUUGCUACCCAAAGCUGAAAAUUUCUACGCUAAAGGAGAAAGCCGUGAAGCUAUGAAACUGUUUAUGCAGUCGCUGGAUAUACUGUACAAGUAUUCAAAACCCCCAUGUCCAGAUAUGGUGAAGGUACAACAACGCCUGAAGACACUUUUUGUUCAUUUAGGUAACAAACAAGUUGGUUAUGUACAAAAUUUGUAAUUUUUUAAUUGAAUAA